AUGGCUAAUGGAUUGGGUAUUGGUGCUAAGAGAGUGAAAUAUAUUGGAUUGGGUUUGCUCUUGGGGUUGCGCUACGAUGACUUGUAUGACCCAAUGUACGAUUUGGAUGUGAAGGAGGCGCUGAACUGGCUGCCUAGAGAAAUCGUGGAUGCGAGGAACCAACGCCUCAAGCGAGCCAUGGACCUCUCCUUGAAGCAUGAGUACCUCCCUGAGGAGCUUCAGGUAUUUUUCUUACUUGGAAAUUUAGCUACUAACCAAGUUUCUAAAUGA